AUGUCUUUUUCCAUCAAAAUUUGCUUUAUAUUUUUAUUAACAACUUCAAUAUUAAUUCAAUUAAUCAACAGUGAAUGUGUUCGAACAGGAUUUCCAAAUUGCGAUAAAAACAAAUGUUGUAAUAAGAAGGAUGUCUGUACACCAAUUAAAAAUAUAAAAAUAUGUAAAUCGAAUAAAUGCCAAGGUUUGGGAGAAAAAUGUCUAAAAAAGUGUUGUGAAAAUUUGAUUUGUGGAGAGAACAAUUCGUGUAAAAAAUGCCAAGCUGUGGGAAAAGAUUGUGUUGAAGAUUCACAGUGUUGUGGAAAUAAUUGUGGAGAUGAUAAUAAAUGUCAUUGAAUGAAUUGAAAGUAUAGUGUUU